CUACACUGUGACGACUACGGCAGAUAUGUAAAGCCGACCACACAUUUCUUCAAAUAAAUCCUCGACGACGAAUCGAAGGUCUACUAGACGUCAACUCCAAGACAGAUAUAUCAGAUAAGUAGCUGACCCGGGCACUGCUCGCUUCCGCAAGAUAUUUCUAACGGCGUCGGAGCGCGAAGGAGGAGAGAAGCAUCAGCAUCAGUAAUCAGACUAGGACGCGCUCCCUCCCAACCGCACGGCUGAGGCGGAUUCAACUGCAGCACUGGGGGGACGUAUAUCGCUGGAUGUGGCUGAAGACCGAGUGCUGGGAUAAGAGAGAGCUGCUCAUUCUAACCCUAUGCGCCUUAUAAACACUUCCCAAUCUGGCGGGUUCAGGGCUGAGGCAGGUGCAGCGGUGAGGGCGCAUCCAUGAGCGUCUUCUCCCGGGACGGCAUGUUUUUAGUUUAACCGGAUCGGGGAAGAGGAAAGGCGAGUUCGGAAGUUUUGAUGCAUAUGAUCACAACCACCAUGAUUUUUAUGAUCCUCGGUGCUUCAGUCGUCAUGUGGUCACAGUACCAGGUCAUGUAGCGGUUGCUGUGUUCCAAUACUGCUUGUCAUGUCCCGGUUGACUCGAAUGGUUCUUUGCAGGCGAUAGCGUGUUUAAUGGACAUGAACGCACUCCUGGACCGCUUUCACAACUACAUCUUACCGCAUUUACGAGGAGAGGACCGCGUCUGUCAUUGCAACUGUGGAAGGCAUCAUGUUCACUACGUAAUUCCAUACGAUGGAGACCAUUCGCUCGUGGACUCAUCCGAGAAUUACUUUGUGAGUGACAGUGUGACCAAACAGGAGAUGGACCUCAUGCUGGGGCUGUUGCUGGGCUUCUGUAUCAGCUGGCUGUUGUUGUGGCUGGAUGGAGCUUUGCACUGUGCUGUGAGGGCCUGGAGAGCCAGUCGCUAUUAUGACACCCCUUCCUGGUCGUGGUUGCCACAGUUUUGCAACCUUCGGGACCUGCGUAGACGUGCACAGCUUCGGCAACUGGAGGACUCCAGCGGAAACAUGGUGCACAUCAAGCAGAAGCUUUAUCACAAUGGUCACCCAAGUCCCCGUCACCUCUGACUUUACCGGCAGUUUCCACAAAACUGCUCCCAUUACCAGCUGCUGCCUCAGAGACCCACUUUAAUUGUUCCACUACAUCUUUUAGACCUUCGAAAACCACUUGAGUAUUUGCCAAAAGAAGAAAGAAGAUUCUUGUUGCCAUUAUGCUGAUCCGUGUCAAUGUUCGCCAUGUUUGGCGGGCGAUUUAGAAAGGUUUUUCUCUGUACAGGCAUUUUAUUUUCAAUUGCUGAAUCUAGGCAUGCACUUUUAGAAUGGGGGAGGAUGCAAGAAAUGAUUUUGUGAGACAUUUUGAGCCAAUCCAUGUUUUUUUCCCUUGUUUCCCCCCCACCCACCUUUUUUAGCUUUUCCAUCAGGACUUUUUGGGAGGGGGGUGAUUAGCGGGUGGGGUGGGAGGUGGGUGGUCAUGGUUUUGUGAUGGUAUAGUUAGAGAUUAAUGCUCAUGUAAAUAGUUAUACAUAUUGUUUACGGGAUUUAAAAGGUUAGUUCAACUCAAAAAUGAAAAUUCGGUCAGUUUACUCACUCUGAUGUCAUUCCAAACACACGACAUAAGAAAGAGAGACUUCUGCACUGUUCAUGCAAAACAACUGUGAAGAAUCAAAAGAAAUCCAUAUGAAUUUAGCAUUGAAUCCAAGUCUUCUAAUACGUGGACAACAUUUACAGCAUUCAGAUUUAGGGCUCUAUUUUAACGAUCUGGGUGCAAAGUCUAAAGCUCAUGGCGCAAAAGCAUUAAGGCUGUGUCUGAAUCCACUUUUGCUAUUUUGAGGAGGAACAAAAUACACUUUAAACCCGGCGCAUGGUCUAACAGGGUUGUGUUUAUUCUCUUAAUGAGUUAUUGGGGUCUUUUGAGUAUAAUCUACAUUAAACCAAUCAGAGUCUCAUCUCUCAUUCCCUUUAAGAGUCAGUUGCUUCACACCAUGGCGCAUUUGCUAUCUAUAACUGGAGUUUGUAAGUAGAAAAACACUAGUGAGAAAACUAUGCUGUGAGUUUAAUAGACCAUCUGCGUAAGGAUAAAGAAUCAGCCUCCUGCAUUCAGCCUCUAUACUUUCGCUUUCUCUUUACUUUUACUCUACUCCUUUACUUUCGUGGAUAAGGAAUCGGUGUAAACUCACUCCACUGAAGACAUCCAUUAACCUACAUAUUUAAUUU